AACCUCAUGUCCUGCUACAGACCCGUCAGAGUCUCCAGGAGAUCCUGAUGCACGCAGCUCACCACAUAGCAUACGAUGAAUCAGGACAUGGAGCUAUGGAAGCAAAUGUUCCAGGAAUUAAUUCAGGAAGUGAAGCCAUGGCACAUAUGGACCCUGACAGUAGACAAAGACCUUCUUCCCAACAGCCUUAAGCCAGGAUGGUCACAGUACCAGCAGCGGGUUUUUGCCAGGUUCCAGUGCUCCUUGUGCUCUCGCAGUUGGGCCUCUGCUCAAGUUCAGGUCCUUUUCCACAUGCACAAGAGUGGGGAGAAACCCAGGGGCAGGGUGAAGAUGAGGGUCUUUGCCCAGAGAUGUCAGAGAUGCAAUCAGUCUCCAUUUGAGGUUCCCGAGUUCACAGAAGAGAACAUCUCAAGGAUCCUGAACAACCUGGUGUUCCGAAUUCUGAAGAAAUGCUACAGAGAAGGAUUUAAGUCCAUGGAGGAGAUACCUACCAUCAAGGAAAUCUCUCUUAAAGGGAUGCAUGACAGUAACAACUGCGAGGCCUGUCUGCUGGGCUUUUGUGCUCAGAGUGGGUCAGGUGAGGCCCUGCAGUUACCAGUGUUGCCAUCACUUCCUGCCGUUAGCUCACCUGCCCUUGGGACCGCCAUCCCCAUGCCCUCUCCCACUAGGAGUGGCGCCCCAGCAAACACAGUGAAGGGGAACACCCCAGCGGACACAGUGAAGGGGAACACCGGAGCGGACACAGUGAAGGGGAACACCGGAGCGGACACAGUGAAGGGGAACACCAGAGCAGAAGCAGUGAAGAAGAACGCCAUGGGAAACAAGGGAAAGACUUUACCCCAACCCCGGAAUAGGACUCCCCUGAGGACCUCAUAG